AUGGCACCAAGCUUACAGGAUCUGAUUGAUCAUCUUCUCGCCGAGAUUGCGCUCUGUGGCGAUCAAGGCGCAUCUCCCGCGGAUAUUUUGACUUUCAUCGACGCAUUCUAUGCCAAGGGGACACAAGAAUCAACGAUCCGAAGUCAGACUGUUGAUCGCCAAUUCCAAGAAAAAGUCUGGUCGUGGUUGACCAGACACCCAGAGGUUUCAGUCGGCAAAGAAAGAGAGCAGAAUCACCUGAGCCUCAAUGAUGCCGAAAACCUUGUACGAGAGGCGGAUGCUGAGCAUCCCAUCCGGGUCUUUGUCUCCAGGGAAAGGACCUGGCUUGCAAUCACCGGUCAUGAACCGGACGAGACCAAGGUUCUUCCCAUGGAGUUUGCUCUCCUCUCUAUCAUUGCGUCUCACAAAGCGAACGGGAUCGUCCAGACCGAUUUGGUGAAGUUAAGCGGCCAGGACAAGCGCUCGGUUCCGAAACGAACGGAGAUGUUGCAGCAGAAGGGUUAUAUUGAGAAAAGAGCAAUUCAGAUUAAGGCUGCAAGGACUAGCCUGUGCACUCUGCGCAAGUUCUCCAAGCCAGAUACCUCCACAGCCGAUACAGGUUCUGCUCGUAGACUGGAAUCAAGGCUCCAAGAAGAGAGAGUCAUCGACUACAAGGACUUCACUGAUCGGCUCUUUGCGAUUCUUCGGGAAUACAGGAUCAUUUCCCGUAACGAUCUCAAGAACCUCUUGGGAUUCGCCGACCUUUGGCGCUGGAAAAUCCUCUCUCGAGCUCUGCGCAAGUUCGAACGGAUUGGUGUGCUGAAACGUGUCAGGGCAGCAUCACAAUAUGCGGAUACCUUUCGAAAGUUGCACCCCUGUGUGAUGCUCAUUCGGGAGCCGACAGAACGAGAUUUCGACCUUUUCCACGAAUACAGCCAGAAUAUUAACGCGGAUCUCGAGCAAGAAGAUGGCAUAGAGCUGGAUGAGGGUGAAGAUAAUGCAGCUACGUCGACGGCGGCCGACAAUAAGCCAGUCAGUAUGGUCAGGCAGGAGGAAGAUGUCGAAGAGGUGGGCCGGAUGAUCCCGGUUUGGUCUCCUGACCGUAACAUUCACAAUCAAAUAUUCGAGGUUGUUGACCAAGCCGGGAUCUCUGGCGUUACAAAUCAACAUAUUCUGCGAGUGGCCUUUGGGAGUUUCUUCCGUCGGCCCCUGGAAAAUACGUUAACUCGCCUAGUGGAAUGCUGGCAAUUGUCUCAGCCAUUACACCUGCGCCACCUCGCCAUCGUGCGCGAUACCGCACUGGAGAGGACAAUCACUCACUACGUUCACUAUUCCACGGCGAACUUUCAAAAAUUGGUUGACGCUGGAGAGGCGUCAUGGGAGGCCGUCGAAUUUGUGCCGAAGAACAGUAAAGCAGACGCUCUCAAAAUACCACCGGUGGACGCCAUCCCGGAGUUGGAUGAAUACGGAUUACCUGUAGCUGUCCCCACGAAGGAACUUCUUCACAAGGGCAAUGCGUCGCUCCUGGCGAGUAUUGUGGCUGUCAACCCAUCGGAUUACUCUUGCACCGGAAAUGAUCCCGUAGCAGUUCGGCUGAAGGAUGGCACAUAUGUCAUCCGGUAUGGGGUACCAUCAACCCCACAAAUUCCCCUGCCAGAGGUGAGACAACUCGGGCGUCCAAAGGGCACACCAAACAGAUUGAAGCCGAAAACCGAAGAUCUGUCAGAAACAGAGGCGGAAAUUGUCGUGACAGAUGCUUCAGUUAUUCGGCGCAUGAGGAAAGCUCAACGUGACGCUGAGAGGUUCCGAGGGAUGUCCGAAAAGGAGAAACUCAAGGCCAUGGGGCUGGACGAGACAUGGACCGAGUAUAGUGUUCUCCUCAUAGAACGGACAGAGCCUGGAGUGUACAUCACACCUCGCGGUCGCCGUCGGCCAGCAGGGAAACGGCAAGGUCGUCCAAGAAUUUCACGCCUUGCUGUCUUUAAGUCGCCCAAGCUGGUAUCUCUGCCUUGGUUUGUCGAGGAACCGGAGGCCGAGAGGGCUGAUGAAGCUAUCUUUACCAGUCAGCCGGUCUCUCGAGCCCAAAGUAUCGACCAAACCCCGAUGACUUCCUUCACCGCCAUCAAUGGCUCUGCAAGAAAGUCAAUCCCUCCAGAUACGACCCCCUCAAAGGGGAGGAAAAGAAGAGUGCCAAGCCUCACCUCUUUUGAAGCAAAUGCCGAGCAGAACCAUGACAGACCAUCCAAACAGCGACGUCUUAACGAGGCGGAUGUGUCUGAGGAUGUUAUGACUGAUGCCCUAGCCUCAGAGACUCCGUCGAUCACCGAUCGCCCUACUGACGUAGCUGAUAAAGCUUCUUUUCAAACGAAGCGCAAAAGACAAAUGUCUCCGGACCCUACUUCGAUCGACCUUGAUGUCCAAGAGGCGGGCAUCGGCUUGCCACGACCAUCACCCCAAGCAGAUGAAAAUGUGAGGCACAUGCCGCCGCGGAAUGACAUGUCCUUUAAAACACCGUCCAAAAAACCUCGAGUUCAGAGAAAUCAAAGGUUGCAGGGUCCUGCAGUUGCCUCAAGCCCCCCGCCAGCAGUGACGGUAGAAAACAUCUCGAUGCUGCCGCCUCCGCCUCCAGACUUGGCCGAAGCCGAAAAUCGAGAGGACCAUCGGAUCGCCACAGAAAUAACUGAUGCACAGGUUGGAGAUACGGUUCAGGACAGCGGUGCGGCAGCCGAGGAGGGGCCUGCAGUCCCCGCAGGUACAGAGGUGAAGGACGAAAUACCGGCAGCCGAUGCUGUAGACUCAAGGCCAGUUGAUGGACCGCAAAACAUUAGCAAACAGUCUGAAGCUUCCCAGACACCGGAUCAACAGGGAAUUCGGACAAAACGGUCAAAAGAGAAGGGGGGAUCCGUCGCUGUGUUGCGAAGGUCUAUUGUCAUGGAUAUUGUGGAGAAAGCAGGGGGCGCGUAUCCUAUGGGUACCGAAAUAUGGUAUCCAUUUGCGACCGCCUGGCGGAAGACGAAGUACAAAGAAAAGCCCGACAUGCGAACAGUCAAAGCCUCCAUCAAACAUUUAGUGGAUGGGGGCAAACUGCGCCAGUUCACUUUCAGCGGACGAGACAGCAAGGGGAUCAUGGUAACAAAGAGCAUCAUCGCAAAGCCCGAGCUGCGGGCUGAUGAUCCUUUUAUCAAAGACCUGCAGCACAAAAUGCUUACCACCGAGGAUCGAUACUACUUCCCACCGAACGUUGAAAGGGACCCUAUAUUGACCAAGGGCAGCUUGAAGUCUGUACCAAAACGAGAAGCCACCAAGCCAGGCCAAGUUCCCAUCGAGCAUGGAGUCACGGUACAUUUGCACCAAAAGCCCGCCUUCGUGCUAGCGCAUGAGCAAAAGACGGGGCGGCUCAUACAGCGACGUUUACUGCAGCGCCUUCAGGAUACAGAGAUCCCACGACCUUCCGGGGUGGUGCGACUUGCAAAGCUCCAAAGACGGGAAGCACCUGGUUCCUUGGCACGUAAUCUGACGUCCAUUGCCCGGCCGACUCGAAAGCGUGUUCUGAAACCUCGAACGGCUGCUGAUACUUUGACCGGGGAAGCACCGCCUGAUGAUGUUACCCGCAGGAAGAGACGUCGUUGGGUGCCCAUCUCUCUCAUGGCACCUUACGCGAUGUUCAUGAACCCGGUACAGACUUUCAAUCGGAGGACUGGGACCUUCUCAACGGAUGCCGGGCUCGCGGCACUUCAGGCUGCAGCCAUUGCACGUAUAAGGGCAGCCUUUAGAUUACCAAAGUCCCUUGAUGAUCUGUUGGACCAAACAAGGCGGCGCCCGAUGGACUACUCUGGGACCUUAGACCCGCGGACCUGCAGAUUCUUCUGGGACACCAACGUUAUCUUGAGGUGGGAACUUCAAAACGAGGAGUUCAUUCAGGGCAAACUUGCGGAUGAAGGUGUAAGCGAUCUCUGCUACAUCAACCAGACGAUCGAGGAUUUCCCCGAGGAGGUCCCGAUAGAGGGAGACAUCGACUUCGAAAUUGAUCAGAGUGCCUUCCCUGUGGUCCGGCAACGCAGGAUCAGGAGACUUAGACAAGAGCUUCCCCGUUCGCUGUCACCUGAGGGCCAAGUCGCCGCUCUAGAGGAGCCGGAGAUGUCAGAAGAGCUCUCAGAAUCAGAAAUAUCAUCCGAUUCCGAAGAUUCUGAUGAUUCGUUGGAGGCGCUGGAUCUCCUAUUCUCCUCGGAUUUGCGCAGACGGCGCAACGACUUCGUGCCGCAAAGCCGCCGAUUGGAGAAAUUGAAUGUGUCGAUGACAACAAAGAACGAUGAUGCCUAUGCAGCGGCUCAGGCAAAGAUCUCAGCUCGACAACCCCUUCGUCGAAACCGGGUCGGUCAGAAUUUGCCACGCCUGGUCCAGGAGAAGAUCAUGACUGCUAUUGUAGUGGUCCGGACGUUGGCAGGAGGCCACGAAGGCAAGAAUGUCGACUGGGUUCUAGUGUCCAACAGUUUCCCCGACCAGGAUCCGAAGGUCAUCGCGGAGAGAGGCAAGAAUGUCCUCAGCCGAAAUCGAUUGCAAGUAGCCAAGAUGCAGAGCGAUUUCCAGGAGCGAUUUAUCGAGGCAUAUGCGACUGGUCAGGUUCCACCAAUCGACUACGACGACUUGGAAGGCUAUGAUUGGGAGGCGGUCGUUGACUGGGCACAUACGCAGCUGGAUAUCCCCAAGUCCGAGAAGCUACCGGACCUUCCUGCCACGCGAGAACAAUUCGACACUGUAUUCGAGCUGCGUGAGGAGCCACCGGCCACACUGGGCGAACUCUACGAGACUGCCCAUGGAGUCACUGUGAACCGUAAACGUGCUCUGUGCGCUGGCGUUCCUUUCGCUAUCCCCCUGCCCGAGAAGCCAGCCCAACUCACCCCCCGGCAGACGGAGCUGGCCCGUUUGGAAGUAGCCAAGACUUGGGUCCGGGCUAACAUCGUUGCCCCGGAGGAAACCUACCGGCCAGUGGAGGCCCGGCAAGCACUCGCGAACUUCGGGGGCCGCCUGGUCGACGAUGCACUGCAGUCCCUGACGACAGAGCGGAUCGUCUCACAGGGCAAUCGCGGCCGCAUCACCCCGGGUCGCAACUACGACAUCACCGAGUUCUUUCUGCACACGCUGGGCCGCCGGCGCAACAUCGAGGUGACGCAGCUCCGGCGCGCCACACGGUUCAAGAUGAAGACGCUGGACCCGGCGCUGCGGAGCACGGGGUCGUUCGCGAUCAACUACCACGCCGAAGACGGCGACAUACUAGCGCUGAUCAACCUCGCCGCGGAGCGCCGCAUCGUGCUCAAGCCACAGGACCCGCCGCGCGACAAAUUCGGCCUGACGGACGGCGGGUACCUGACCCGGCAGAUCGACAAGAUGAAGCUCUGGUUCGUCGUCAAGGCACACCCCGUCGACGGGUCGUACGCGUACGGCAACCCGCUCCGCGAGAAGAUCGCCAGCACGCCCCCGCCAUGUCCGCCGCAGUACACCACUGCCGCCGCCGCUGAUGGCCAGGCCGCGCCCGCCAAGAUCCCGCUCUGGUACGACAUCCACGGCACCUUUGUCGAGGUGCUCUGGGAGCUCGCCGUGGCGGCCGUGGUGGGCAUUGUCGCCGUGCGGCCGGGCAUCAGCGCCGACGGGGUCGCGAGCAUGGUGCAGCCGUCCAUGGGAGCGUGGGAGGUGCUGCUUCUGUUGAAGUGGAUGGCGGAUGUUGGUGUUGUACGGGGGGAUCUUAUCGAAGAGGAGGAGGACGUGAGGCGAACAGGGUGGCAUGUACAGGAAUGGUGGUGGAUGGUGUUGGCGUGA